GUAUGAUUUCACUCUAUCGGUCAAGUUCACUUUGUUGUGAUACUGGUAACCCACAGUCAGACUUUAUCCAUAGGCGUGAAAACUUUGAAAAAUUCAACUUCAUAAUAAAACCUUUAAUAUGCACAAUUUUAAAACAAGGACAGCCAUCCUGAUUGGCAUUGUUUUUAGUGUGGCGCAAAUAUACGGCCAUCAGGCUGAGGAUACCGCAGUCGAAAUUGAGAGGUCACCAGAACUAUCGAAAAUUUCCAGUGCUCAGCUCAAAUUUUCAAAUCGUCUUUACCGAAUUUUGCGAGACCUUGACGAAAAGAAUUUGGCAUAUUCUCCACUAAUUUUCCACCUCGCACUCGCCGCAUUGAAAGGUGCUGCGGAUGGGGACACUCUCAAUGAAAUCAACAUUGCUGCCAAUAUUGCAAAAUUUAAUAAUACAAUUCUUCAAGACGGAUAUCAUGACUUGAUUGAUUUCUUGAAGACGGACGAAAAUACAACAAUCAAAUUAAUUAAUCGCAUCUUUACAUCCAGCCUUUUCAAAAUUGAUGGAAAUUUUGCACGAACUCUGCGUGAAAAAUUCAAUACGCACAUUAAUCCAUUAGAUUUUAGUACCAAUACUACUCUGGCCGCUGCAAAAAUUAAUUCCUUCAUUUCAAACUAUACGAACGGAACCAUUAAGAACUUUGUCUCUGAAGAUUCUUUGGAAGUUACCAACAAAGUCGUUGUUUUAAAUUCACUUUACUUUAAGGCUGAAUGGGAGCGAGAGUUUAUGCCAUUAUUGACUGAAAAACACCCAUUUAUUACCGACGAUGGGACCGAGAUUGAACUCGAUAUGAUGAACCGUGCUGGAUAUUAUCCAUGUGCCGAGAUCCUUGAAUUGAAUUCCACCGCGUUAUCAAUUCCUUAUAAAGGUGGGAGAUUCAGUCUCACAAUUAUUUUACCUGAAAGGGGUAUUCCUAUUUCACAACUGGAAAAGAACCUGGAGGCGUUUCCCAUGCAUGCCGUACUUUCCAAAAUGUCUCAACGAUACAUUCAACUCUCCCUGCCUAAAUUUACGUUGGAGUCGAAUAUCGAUAUGAUCGGACCUUUGCAAUUGCUCGGAGUUAAAACUUUGCUAUCGCCGCACGCCAAUCUUACCAAGAUGUCGAAAAAGCAUGGUCUCUUUGUAAAUUCCUUCAUUCAGCGGACUUUCCUCAGUGUGAAUGAGGGAGGAACGGAAGUGUCGGCUUCGAAUUUUAUUGAAGCUGUCCCCGUCACUCCGAGGUUUUUGGUACCAUUUACAGUGGAUCGACCCUUCGUUAUGUUUGUGUAUGACAGCCUGACCAGUACAACUUUAUUUGUCGGAAAGAAGUUAAAUUAAAACAGCAGUAGCGUCUCUUAAAAUUAAAAUUUGUAUAAAUGUUAAACUAUUUCGGGUUAUUUUGUAGGGGUACUUAAAGUAUUUAUGAACUGUGAAUAAAUAUUUAUGCAAAUCUCAUGUGGGGCGUUGUCGAGGCAAGUUGAGACUUCCCUUUCCAAUGCAUUUCAUCAUUCCGUAAUAAAUAAUAUUGCUUUUUA